AACCACCAAUACCAUCUGCCUUUGAUUCUUCCUGAUUAAGAGCCUCCUCCUUUUCCUUUUCUUUGUCAAACACCUUUCUUGCCACCACCAUGGCUGAGGAAAAGCACCACCACCACCUCUUCCACAAUCACAAGGAUGAGAGGCCAGAGUCUGAAGUGGUGUACUCCGAGACCACCUAUGCUGCCGACGGCACCGGCAAUUAUUCUCAGACGACAAACUUUGCUGCUUCCUCUGCUGUUGAUUAUGAGAAAGAGGAGAAGCAACACAAGCAUUUAGAACACUUUGGUGAGCUUGGUGUAGCUGCAGCUGGUGCUUUUGCUCUCCACGAGAAGCAUAAGGCGGAGAAAGACCCAGAGCACGCACACAGGCACAAAAUUGAAGAAGAGGUUGCGGCAGCGGUUGCAGUGGGGAGUGGGGGAUACGCCUUCCAUGAACACCAUGAGAAGAAAGAAGCAAAGGAACACGCCGAAGAGGCCCAUGGAAAGAAGCAUCACCAUCUAUUCUAAAUAGACUAUAUAUAUAUAUAUAUAUAUAUAUAUAAUUAGUGAUGUUUUUAGUUUUCACUGUGUUUCCCAUAAUAAUAAGUGCUGAAGUGCCAAUGGUGAGAUGAAAUCUGUGUUUGCUAGGUUCGCCCUAUGUUGACUCUCUAGUAGUUUGGAUAUAUUGGGUAUAUGUUUUCCUUUUGGUAUUUAUAUAUGUGUAUUAUGGCUUUUGAACCAUUCUUUUAAUGCGAAAUGGUUAUGGAUUAGGUUUCA